AACAAUUAGAACAAAACCCUCCGUCCAAACAAAGCGUAAGAGGAAAUCUAUGCCCUUACCCAUCACACACACAACACAGCAGCGUCUUGCAGAAAAAUCGUUUGCUUCGAUUUAGGGUUUUCUCGUAUCCUGGAAAAUGGCUGAUUCUCCUCGCCAAAGGUAUUCACGCUCUCCUUCUCCUUGGGAAGAAAAGUCGAGAUCUAGAUCUAGAUCAAGGUCUAGAUCUCCACCUGGGUCAUAUUCAAGGCCAAAGGAAAGAUCCAGGUCUAGAUCAAGGUCAAGAAGCCGUGGAAGGGAAGAAGUUUCUAAUCCUGGAAACACACUUUAUGUGACUGGAUUGUCUACAAGGGUCACGGAAAGGGACCUGGAGGAGCAUUUCUCAAAGGAGGGGAAGGUGAAAUCAGUUUUUCUUGUCAUGGAGCCCCGUUCUCGGAUUUCUCGUGGUUUUGCUUUUAUAACAAUGGAUAGUCUGGAGGAUGCUAAUCGUUGCAUUAAACACCUUAAUCAGUCUGUUCUUGAAGGCCGUUACAUCACAGUGGAAAAGUCUCGGAGGAAACGCGCAAGGACUCCUACGCCUGGUCACUAUCUGGGGCUUAAGAAUGCAAGGGAUGAUGGUUAUCGUGGAGACCGUGGCAGGUAUAGAGAUCGUGAGGACUAUGGGUACCGAAGAUCUCCAAGGCAUUCACCAUAUAGAGGUGGACGAGAUUAUUCACCUAGGCGUUCGCCUUAUGGUGGAAGGUCAAGAAGGGAGCGUUCUAGGUCAUAUUCUCCUUAUGGAAGGAGCUAUCCUCGUGGUCCCAGAUAGGUAUAAGCCCCAGUUACAAUGUAAAACUGCUACAAGGAUCGUUAUAGUGUGGUUUGUCUAGGCUGGUGUGUUUAUGUAUUGUGCUUUAUCUCUACCUGACUUCCUUAUUGUACCUUAAGUUUGCAACAAGGUUUAAGUAGUGACAUUAUGAACCCUGGGAAAUAUAAUUCUACUGUUGAUUUGAUGGAAGCUUUAAUUGAAAGUUUGUGAUUCUUGUA